AUGAGGGGUGCUUUACGCCACGCAGGAGCUCUCGGGGCUUUGACUUGGUCUCUGCUGGCAAGCACGGUAUCGGGAUAUCAAGUAAACAUUAGAGAUACGGAUGAGCUGCGGGAAGUCUGCAGCGGUAUGUAUGGUGGCGAAAAGGCCUAUAUCUCAUUGACCUUUGACCCCACGUCAACGGGUCAGCUCGCUCUCGUGCUAUACGAAUGGAGCGAUGUCAAGUAUCUCGGCGCCGAUUCGCCUGGGGACGAUUCGAUGCCCAAAACGUACAUCUGCACAACGUCCGCGAUUCGGUCCGGAUUGUGCACGAAGGACUCACUAGGAUCGUUCAUCACUACCCUUCCCGAGGGUGUAGAAUUGAACCAGACGAGCCUGUUCACGACCGGCAUUCGUUUCGGUCAGACCGAUAGCCAGGAGGACGAGCAAGAGCCGGCCGAAGACACUACGACGCUUCUCGCCCCCACCAGAACCCGUCAUCGUCCCGCUCAUACUACCUCCACCAGGACCUCGACAGCCCAAGCUGAGCCUACUGAUGAAGAAGAAGAGAUUGCGACCAGCACAUCUCAUUCUCGGACUCGACCCACCCGUGUCGCCGAGCCUAGUCCGGUCUCUGAAGAAGAAGCUGAAGAGGAGCUGGAGGAAGAGCUCUUGGAUGAUCUUCUUGAUGCUGGGCUCGAAUCGGAUGCCGAACUACAAGAAGAAGAAGCGAUCCUCGAGGAAGAGCUCGCCGAGGAGACGAGCCCCUUUUCUCGAAAGGCCAAGCGAAACGCUCAGGAAGAUGUCGAGCCGGACGCUGGAGAGGAUUUCGAGGAUGUCACCGGGGAAGAUACGCAAGACGAGCUCGAUCAAGAGGAUCAGAUUGACGAUGGCGAGCCUGCUGAGGAAGCGCCGGACGUGACGGAGCCUGAGCAGGAAGAUGACAGGGUAGACCAGGAUGCGGAUGACGAAGUGACUGCCCCUGUCUUUACCAAGCCCAAGCAGACUUUCGGUUCUUCCAAAUCCGGUGUGGUACCUCUCUACGACGGCAGCAUCAUCUACAACGUCCCUAAAACUGGUUACUAUUGUGUCGGUGUCGUUCCGGUAACCUUGAUCAAUUCCAAGAAGCGAUCUUUGGAACGCUCGGACAUGUUGCCUCGAGAAGAGACCACGCACGCGAGCUACUCUGGGUCGGUCCUUUUUAAGAACACUUUCGAAGGACAGCUUCCCGCUGCGGAAUAUCCCAAGAUCGGGUUUUACCUUUUCUUGAGCACUGUCUAUGCGGUCUUAGCUGGAGGUUGGGGUUACUUGUGUGUAAAACACUACAAGGAGUUGUUGCCUAUGCAGUGGUACAUCACCGGAACCAUCGUCUUCCUCAUCGUCGAGAUGCUUGCCAAUCAAGGUUACUACCGAUACAUUAACAAACACGGCGGCGGUUCUGGCAGUCUGGCGUUCUUGUUUGUCGUCGCUAUACUCAACGCCGGAAGAAACUCGAUCUCCUUCUUCCUUCUGCUUGUCGUUUCGAUGGGUCUCAGUGUGGUCACCCCUAGCCUAGGCCCUGUCAUGAACCGUGUCAGGCUUCUUACAGCGUUCCACUUUGUCUUUGGUGUUCUGUAUGCUAUCGGCUCGGUCAGGGUCGAGCUCGAAACCGCCUCGCUUUUCUUGAUCCUCUUCUUGAUCUUCCCUCUCGCCUUAUCGUUGACCUGCUUCCUGAUGUGGACUAUCAUCUCCCUGAACGGCACGAUCUUGCAUCUUCAAGCACGCAAGCAGCGCAACAAGCUCGCCAUCUUCAAGAAACUCUACAGGAUCUUGAUGGUCGCCGUCGUCGCCGUAACGGUGUUCUUUGUCAUCUCGACGCUGGCGUUGUCGAACAGAGCAGACGAAGAUUACGCACCUAAAAACUGGAGGUACAGAUGGAUCCUGCUUGACGCGUCUCUGGCGAUAAUCUAUCUCGGCGUGUUCGUCGCCAUCGCAUGGCUCUGGAGACCUUCCCGUGACAAUGUACGAUUUGCCAUGUCUCAAGAACUCGCUCAAGACGAGGACGAGGUGGAUGGCGAGGGCUACGAGCUUGCAGGUGGACGUCCCGUUCAGCACGGCGAUGACGACUUUGACGAAGACGAGGAGCAAGAGGGCUUCUUGGGCAAGGACGACCCUUACAACAAAGCCAACGGCGGUGGGAUCCGGCUCGGAGGAGAGCGUGACGAUCUCCAGGACGAGAAUGUCGUCUUUGCGCUUGAGGACGACGAUAGCGACCUCGAAGGGGAUAUCGGCCGGGCUUCGGAACCGACGAGCUCGAGGACAAGAGAUCAAUAUGUGGACGUGGACGACGAGGAUUUCAGGAAGAAGAAGGCCGACAAGAUGGAUUAGGAACAGGGGGAUGACGCCGGGAGCCCGAUCAUGGCGCAUAUAGAGCUCGGCUUGUCAACGUAUAGAGGAGGAGAUGAUAUAUGUUCAGCUGAUAGGUUUCACCAUAUUACAUGCAUUUGAUCAGCCACCCUAAUUUCGCGUAUCGACAAUAAGCAUCGAGGUGCUUAGGUGACGGUGAAGGAAUGAUCCAACGCUCGGGC